GUAAAUAUCUAAAAUGAACCAUUUGAUUUGACGAACCCAUCUUAACUCAAAACCCGUUAAGUUUAUCCUCUCUCUCUCUCUCUCUCUCUCUCUUCGGGGUUUGGCGGACUCUCUGCGAAGUUCUGUUAAAUAUUCUCUGAUCUGAUCUGAUCUGCGAGAUGUACAACGGAAUUGGAUUGCAGACCCCGAGGGGUUCGGGGACGAACGGUUACAUACAGAACAACAAGUUCUUCUUGAAGCCGAGGAGCGGGAAGGUGGUGGUUGACAACUCCGGGAAGGGGUUUGAGGCCGGUCAGGGCACCGCUGGUGUCACCAAGAAGCCGAAUCAGGACAUCCUUGAGCAUGACCGCAAGAGGCAGAUUGAGCUCAAGCUUGUUAUCCUUGAAGACAAGCUCGUUGAUCAGGGCUACACAGAUGCCGAGAUUGCUGAGAAGCUCGCAGAGGCCAGGAGGAAUUUGGAAGCCGCCGGUGAAGCUGCCCCAAAUUCUGUGGAUGAUAAGGUUUCAGAUACACAGACACACCAGAUUGCUGCUCGGAAGGAGAAGAAGCUGGAAACAUUAAGAGCUGCUCUUGGGAUAAGCACCUCUGUAGUUGACAGUCAAAAAAAGAACGACCAGGUGUCAAAUUUUGUAGAGAGUGGUGAUGAUGAUGGAGUAAUAGACAACCAAAAAGAAGGUCUUAAUGAUGAUAGCAAGUCGCACAAAAAUGAUGCUAAAGAUGACAAGGAUGAUGUGACCAAGGCUGAGAAAAAAAGGAAUAAUGAAGGUGGAAGAGAUGAGACUGAUGGGUUAAGAAAACACAAGGUUCAAGAGGGCAAAGAAAGUGGGAGAGUGACUGAUUCUUCUGAUACAGAUAGCAUUGAAAAGCAUGUAAAGGGGAUCAGGAAGAAGCAUCAUAAAAGUAAUCAGGAGAGUGAUUCUGAUAUUGAUGUUAGGAAGAAGAGACAACAAUCAUCAAGAAAGGACAAUAAAAGUAGAAGACAUUACAGUGAUGAUUCCGAUUCCUAUUCCGAUGAUGAGGAGUAUGAGAAAAUGCGUACGAGGCAUGACAAGAAAAGUAGAAGACAUGACAGCGAUUCUGAACCUGAUGGUGAGAAAUAUGAGAUAACUCGGAAGGGGCAUGACGUCAAAAGUAGACGACAUGACAGUGAUGAUUCUAAGCCUGAUGAUGAGAAAUAUGAGAAACCUCGUAAGAAGCAUGACAACAAAAGUAGAAGACGUGACAGUGAUGAUUCUGAGCCUGAUGAUGAGAAAUAUGAGAAACCUCAUAAGAGGCAUGACAACAAAAGUAGAAGACAUGAGAGCGAUGAUUCUGAGGCUGAUGAAGAGAAAUAUGAGAAACCUCGUAAGGGGCAUGACAACAAAAGUAGAAGACAUGUGAGUGACGAUUCUGAGGCUGAUGAUUAUGAGAAAACCCAUAAGAGGCAUGACAACAAAAGUCGAAGACGUGAUAGCGAUGAUUCUGAACCUGAUGAUGAGAAAUAUGAGAGAACUCAUAAGAGGCAUGAGAACAAAAGUCGAAGACAUGACAGCGAUGAUUCUGAGGCUGAUGAUGAGAAAUAUGAGAAAACUCAUAAGAGGCAUGAGAACAAAAGUCGAAGACAUGACAUCAAUGAUUCUCAGCCUGAUGAUGAGAAAUAUGAGAGAACUCACAAGAGGCAUGACAACAGAAGUAGAAGACAUGACAGUGUUGAUUCUGAGGCUGAUGGUGAGAAAUAUGAGAAACCUCAUAAGAGGCAUGACUUAGGUAAUGAUGAUUCUUUUUUAGAUGAAGGCUUUAAGCAUAAGUCUCUAAAGGGGAAGCCACUAAAAUCGAACAGGCAAGAUGAUCCUGAGUAUGACUCUGAUAGAGAUAGUGGUGAGGGAAAUAAAAGAAAUCAAGUGGAGAGAAAAAGGAAUAAGCAGAAUGGUAGUCACAGGAUAGAGAAAGAGGUCUCUGUUUUGGAUGAUCGCAGGAAAAUUGAUGAGAGGUGUGAGAAAAGUAGCAGAACGUAUGUUGUGGCAAGUGACUCUGAUUCUGACAAAGCCCGAAAACUGAAAAAGGAAAUUGUGGAGAAGAGUACAAGGCGUCGUCAUGACACUUAUGAUGAUGAUUCUGAUAAGAAAAUGGAGAAGACUCGGAGAAGUGGAAGGCACGAUACUGAUAAGGAUGACUAUGAUGACCAUAAGAGCGAUACUUCCCAUGGGAGAGACAGCAAGAGUGUUUCUGACAGUGAUUCAACUGAUUACAAACAUGGGAAGAGGGACAAUUCCAAGUCAUUGGAGAAGAGCAGAAAUGGUCGUGGAGGUGAUUCUAGUAGCAGAGGCGGUCAAAGUGGACAUCGAUCUAGUCUAGAUGGGAGGAGUUUUAGAUCUACUGUAAUUGGAAAUGACGACAGGAAAAAAGAAGCAAGUGCUCCUCAAAAGGGUGGUGAUGGGUUGGACAUGUUCAGGAAGUUGGAGGAGCUGUACCAGUCAAAGGAGGAUACUUUGGAGGGUCCUGGUUAUGGAAGUCAAGAAAUGAUGAGGGCCAAGAGGAAGGUCGAUGAUGGAAACCAGGAUGGGCAGCCCGAAGCAAAGUCUAGAAGCCGAAAUGUAGGUAAGGUGGCAGAUCAUAGUAGGGAACAGCAGAAGGAACCCGAAGCAUAUACUAGAUCUCACAGGAUCAAGGAUGACCAGAAGUCAGAUGCUUAUUCAAGGUUGAACAGGUCUGGAGGAGGGGAUGGGGAUGACAAUAUUGAACGUGGUGGCAUAACUCAUAGCAGGGAGCAACUACGUCAUGAGAGCAGAAGAAGUGAUCGGGAUAAUGAAGAGCAACAAAGGGGCAGGAGAUACAGCAGGGAUGAGGAUGAGAGCAGGGGAAUCAAGCAUAGAAGAGAUGAAGAGGAGAUUUAUAGAAAGAAUAGGAUAGAUGAGGAGCAGUGUCGGCAUGGAAGUAGAAGACGUGGAAGGGAGGAGGAAGAAGAGCGUGAAAGUGGGAGAGAUGAGAGGGUUAGACAUGUUGAUUCCUCAAAGAGAGUAAAAUAUGAAUAUUCUCGGUCAGGUGAGGGACGAAGGCAUGACAUUGACAAGCGGGACGAUGGACGGACCAGGCGACGAGACUAAAGUUGCUUGUUAUCUUAGAGACGGCUCUAUAGAUUAUGAUACAUGAAUGUGCCACUGUUUUGUCAAAGCUGGAUACUGAUGCUAUUGGCAAGAUGGAACCAAAUUAUUGCUGGGAUUGAUGGAGUUGGAUGAUGGUUUGAUGAUGUAUUUUGAUGAUACUUUUUGUAUGAAUGAUUGAGAGAAUUUUUUGCAUAGACCAGUUAGUUUGAGUACUUUUAUGCACUAUUUCCCCGUCUCUGUAUAAUGUUGUAUGAUGUGUUGAUUUCAUAAUAUUGUAAGCUUCUUUGCUACAAAUUUGGCAUGCUUUUAUCUGGUAAUGUAGAUUCUCUUCCUUCUUGCUUCUA